AUUUAUCAUAGACCAUUUCCACUUGAAUGCGCCAUCGUCUUUCUUUGGUUCUACUAUUCGGUUGCGCCCAAAUCAGUCUACAGCAUUGUACUCCUCCGGGUAACGUAGAUAACCUGCAUAAUUAUGUUCGACAAGCAGUCGCUAGACGCUAUGCUCCCUCUCUAUCCAACCCAAGUGGUGGCAAUAUAACUCUUGGCGGAAAGGGAUCAAAAACGCUAUUCGCGUUGACUUACGAUUGCACUCUCGAAGGAAUUGCUUUGGCUUUAAUUGAUGCGAAUAAGUGUAAGCCCAAUAAAGAAUUUGCAAGGGCCUUCAACAAAGCUCUCAACUUUGCAACGAAUUGUGAAAAAACAGUAAAAAAUGGGUAUCUCUAUGCAGUAGAAGACUGGCUUAAUACAGCUGAGCUACCUAUCAGCGCUACGUACAACCCCAGUGACCCAGCUUCUGAAAGUUUUGCAAAUAUGGUAUACUAUAAAUCGUUGAAAAUGGGGUGUGCCCGCAUGGCAUGUACUGGCUCAAAGACCGGUAAAUUUGCCAUUGCAUGUGUAUAUGGCGCGAUACCGCAGAAAGGGAAGCCUUUGUACAUUGAAGCUGGCACGAAGAAGGGAUGCGUUCAAAAGAUGUGUAAGGAGUUAGUGUCAAAUGCCAUUUGUCAAAAUGACAGCGAUGAUUGUUCUACCUUCGCCACCUGUGGUCUUUGCCAAACAGUGGAUGGUCCAGAGUCACUAUAAGAAGUCAACUGCUUGACGUCUUGAGGCCUCCUUCUUCUACAGUUCAAACAGCUUUUCUAAUAUUGGCCCGGUUCUUGUAAAAUGAGUUUCGAAUUUGGAUUCGCGAAGUGUUAUUGAAUCGAAAGAACAACGAACAAUCAGUAGAAUAAACAGUUUCUAG